AUGAACACAACAGAUUUGAAAUAUUUAUCUGAAGCUGCAGCAUCGAUGAAAGACAAAAUUAAUGAAAAAGUUCGACCACAUAAUGAACGUUAUCCUUUUCAAAAGCAGCAUCCACAAACAACAACACAUCUCUUGAUGAAAUACAGUGAGCGCCAUGUACCUAUUCUUUAUGGCCCACAAAUUCCUCAACAAGAUCGUGAUGAUACUCGAGAACGAUACAGUCGAGCUAUUCUCACACUUUUCGUACCUUGGCGCACUGUUAUUGAUCUUUUUAGCGCCAAUCAAACAUGGGAAGAUGCUUUUAAAUCUCGACAAAUUCGUAUUUCUAUUCAUUCAUGGAAGAUCAUAGAAAAUAUUCAACUUUUACAUGAAUGUAAAAAGGAUCGCGAUGAACAUUUACUUCAAGUUAUUACUGAAGCUCAAACACAUAAUGAUACAAUCAAUCCCGUUCUUUUGCCUGAAAACCAACACAUUGAUGGCGAAUAUGAUAUGGACGAUAGUGAAGACUUAUUAGAAUUAAUAGGCAAUAUAGAUGAAUACACAACUGCAGUGAUUAAUGCCACAAAAAGAUCAACAGAAGAUAAAUAUAUUGAAGAAACUAUUGAAGCAGUCGAAAAUGUUGGACGAUUUAGUUAUAUAAAUAUUCAUUGCCAAUCUUCUUUAAAUGAAUUUAUCGAUACUGCGAAUCAACAACUUGUACCGUUCGUUUCUGUAACACCAAAUCUUGUUCGUCUAAACAUAAAAUGUAAUGGUCAACUUAUAAUGUGCAUACCUGGAUGUGGCGGUACAGGCAAAUCACAACUUUUUCGUGCUGUUGAAUAUGUAUUAAUCGAUGAAAUGAGUAUGGUUGGUUUAAAUUUACUAGCAAAACUUAAUCGAAUUAUUUGCUCUGCAAAACAUGUUGAUCCUCAAGUUCCAUUUGGUGGUGUGAAUGUUAUCUUCUUUGGUGACUACUUCCAAUAUCGGCCUGUUUAUAAUGCACCAUUGCACACCGAUUUUUCAUUACCAUCCAAAAAGAAAUCGGGUAAGCUACCCACAGAAAAAGAAAUUCAACAACGUGUUGCACGUUCUUUAAUUCUUCACAUUAAUUGUAUGGUAAAACUUACUCAACAAAUGCGAACAGAAGAUCCACGGUACCUUCAAUUACUCGAACGACUUCGUCAUGGACAAUGUAAUUACGACGAUUAUGAAUUAUUGUUGACACGAGUUGUUGGACAAUCAUCAGUAGAUUCUCUACGCGAUGAACCUUGGAAUAAAGCUCCGAUUCUUGUGUUCCGAAAUGAAGUACGGACACAAUUGAACAACAAGGUAGCAAUUCACAAGGCAGCAGAAACGAGACAAGCACCAAUUAUAUGUGUGGCUCAAGACACUUGCAAAGGCGAACCAAUUGAAGAUCCAAUACUCGUUAAAAAACUGCUAGAAUUAUCCGAUAGCAAAACAGAGCAUCUACCAGGUUUGCUACCUCUAGUUCCUGGAAUGCCUGUUAUUUUAACACAAAUCGUUGCUAUUGAAUUGUGUCUUAUUAACGGAAUGAAUGGUAUCUUUCGACAACUUGUCUACGAAGAAGAUUCUGUGUCAACAGAAGUUCUUUCCGAGACAUUUCCAAGCAACACACAAUACAUUCGUAAACCUUCAUAUGCAUUAGUUGAAAUUGUCAAAUCGAAGUUCGAAUGUAACCUUGAACAACUUCAAUCAAAUCUUAUUCCGAUACAGUUAAUGGAACAAACAUUUCGAAUUGAUAUUGCCGAUGUUCUACCAAAAGAUAAGAGACCAAAAUCAAAUCGAAAGGCAUUUUAUCAGUAA